CUGAAGCCUGAACCGUAAAAUUAAAUUCGCCUGAAAUACCAGGUUGUACCAUUUUUUUCUAGCAACCCCCUAGCCUAGCUCAUCGUCAGAGCAAAAUUGAGUCGAUCUGAACCGCUUCUUCUCUGGCGAUCAGCAAACAAUCUUUCCAACUUUUCUUCAUUCGGAUUCAGAUCCGUGUUUUAGUAGAACCGAGAGAGAAAUUUGAACGCAAUGCUGCGGUUGCGGGCCUUCCGGCCGACGAGUGAUAAGAUUGUGAAGAUUCAAUUGCAUCCGACACAUCCGUGGCUUGUAACUGCCGAUGCGUCAGAUCACGUCUCCGUUUGGAAUUGGGAACACCGCCAGGUUAUUUACGAGUUGAAAGCUGGAGGUGUGGAUGAGAGACGUUUAGUUGGUGCUAAAUUGGAGAAGCUCGCGGAGGGCGAAACAGAGCCUAGAGGUAAACCUACAGAAGCCAUACGAGGUGGAAGUGUUAAACAGGUUAGCUUUUAUGAUGAUGAUGUACGCUAUUGGCAACUUUGGCGGAAUCGGUCUGCUGCUGCUGAAGCUCCAACGGCUGUCAACAAUAUCACCUCAACUUUAAGUUCCCCUGCUCCCUCAACGAAAGGACGCCAUUUUCUUGUCAUAUGCUGUGAGAACAAAGCUAUUUUUCUAGAUCUAGUGACAAUGCGUGGCCGAGAUGUACCAAAGCAGGACUUGGAUAACAGAUCUCUCCUAUGCAUGGAAUUCUUGUGUAGAUCUACUGCCAGUGAUGGGCCCCUUGUUGCGUUUGGCGGAUCAGAUGGUGUGAUCAGAGUUCUUUCUAUGCUAACUUGGAAGCUUGCUAGAAGAUAUACAGGAGGUCAUAAAGGAUCAAUUUCUUGUUUAAUGACUUUCAUGGCCUCUUCCGGCGAGGCCCUUUUGGUUUCUGGUGGCAGUGAUGGCUUGCUUGUGCUUUGGAAUGCGGAUUAUGGUCAAGAUUCACGAGAGCUUGUUCCUAAGUUAAGCUUAAAGGCACAUGACGGCGGGGUUGUUGCAAUUGAGCUUUCUCAUGUGCUUGGUGCUGCACCCCAACUCAUUACUAUUGGUGCAGACAAGACUCUAGCUAUCUGGGACACUAUAACGUUUAAGGAACUGCGUCGAAUAAAGCCUGUUUCGAAAUUGGCUUGCCAUAGUGUGGCAUCUUGGUCUCAUCCUCGAGCUCCAAAUCUUGACAUUCUGACAUGUGUUAAAGAUUCCCAUAUAUGGGCCAUUGAGCACCCCACUUAUUCAGCUCUGACAAGGCCACUGUGUGAGCUGUCAUCAUUAGUUCCACCCCAGCUGCUUGCAUCUCACAAGAAACUAAGAGUUUAUUCCAUGGUUGCACAUUCUCUACAACCCCAUCUUGUUGCAACUGGGACGAACAUGGGUGUUCUUGUAUGUGAAUUUGAUGCCAAAUCGCUCCCACCUGUAGCUCCAUUGCCAACACCAACUGGAGAUCGAGAACAUGCUGCUGUCUAUGUAGUUGAACGGGAAUUGAAACUGCUACAAUUUCAAUUGUCAAACACUGCAAAUCCAGCUCUUGGAAGCAAUGGAUCCUUGAAUGAUGUGGGAAGAAUCAGAGGAGACGCACCAGAACAGCUCCAUGUGAAGCAAGUUAAAAAGCAUGUUAGCACUCCUGUUCCACACGAUUCAUACUCGGUGCUUUCUGUGAGCAGUUCCGGAAAGUUUCUUGCCAUUGUGUGGCCAGAUAUUCCCUACUUCUCAAUUUACAAGAUCAGUGACUGGUCGAUUGUUGAUUCAGGUAGUGCAAGGCUCUUGGCUUGGGACACUUGUAGAGAUAGAUUCGCGUUGCUGGAGUCUGCUAUACCUCCCAGAAUGCCUAUAAUCCCUAAAGGCAGCUCAUCACGGAAAGCGAAGGAAGCUGCAGCUGCUGCUGCACAAGCUGCUGCAGCUGCAGCUUCUGCAGCUUCAUCUGCCAGUGUCCAAGUCCGGAUAUUGCUGGAUGAUGGCACAUCCAACAUUUUGAUGAGAUCAGUUGGUAGCCGGAGUGAACCAGUUACCGGGUUGCAUGGGGGAGCACUGCUUGGUGUUGCUUAUAGGACAUCUCGACGAAUAAGCCCUGUUGCUGCCACAUCUAUUUCUACGAUUCAGUCGAUGCCCUUGUCAGGAUUUGGAAGUAGUCCCAAUUCUUCUUUCAGCACCGUGGAUGAUGGAUAUUCUUCACAAAAAACUACUGCUGAAGCUGCACCUCCUAAUUUUCAACUUUACAGCUGGGAAACCUUUGAACCAGUGGGAGGUCUUCUUCCUCAACCUGAAUGGACUGCAUGGGAUCAAACUGUUGAAUAUUGUGCUUUUGCCUACCAACAAUAUAUUGUCAUAUCUUCGUUGCGUCCUCAGUUUCGAUACCUAGGAGAUGUUGCAAUUCCUUAUGCUACUGGAGGUGUAUGGCACCGAAGGCAAUUAUUUGUUGCUACACCAACCACCAUUGAGUGUGUUUUUGUGGAUGCUGGUAUUGCACCUAUUGAUAUAGAAACUAAACGAAAGAAAGCAGAGAUACGGCUUAAAGAGAUGCAGUCAAGAGCAAUUGCUGAGCAUGGAGAAUUGGCAUUAAUAUCAGUUGAUAGUCAACAGGCUGCUUCACAGGAAAGGAUAGCAUUAAGGCCUCCUAUGUUACAGGUUGUGCGUCUAGCUUCGUUUCAGCAUGCUCCCUCAAUACCUCCCUUCUUAACAUUGCCUAAACAAUCUAAAGUUGAAGGAAUUGAUUCGCCAAUACCUAAAGAGAUGGAGGAAAGAAAAGUUAAUGAAGUUGCUGUGGGUGGUGGUGGGGUUGCGGUUGCUGUUACUAGAUUCCCAGCCGAACAAAAACGACCAGUUGGACCUCUUCUUGUUGUUGGAGUAAGAGACGGUGUUCUCUGGCUAAUUGACAGGUACAUGUCUGCUCAUGCAAUAUCACUCAACCAUCCAGGUAUCCGUUGUAGAUGUCUUGCAGCAUAUGGUGAUGCUGUUAGUGCUGUGAAAUGGGCGAGUAGGCUUGGUAGAGAAGAUCAUGAUGAUUUAGCUCAAUUUAUGCUAGGAAUGGGUUAUGCCACUGAAGCUCUUCACUUGCCUGGCAUAUCCAAAAGACUGGAAUUUGAUCUAGCAAUGCAGAGUAAUGAUUUGAAGAGAGCCCUACAAUGCCUUCUGAUCAUGAGCAACAGUAGAGAUAUUGGGCAAGAAGCUUUGGGGUUGAACUUGAAUGACAUAAUAAAUUUGUCCUCAAAGAAGGAAAAUGUUGUGGAUGCUGUUCAAGGAGUAGUGAAGUUUGCGAAGGAGUUCCAGGAACUUAUUGAUGCUGCAGAUGCCACUGGACAAGCUGACAUAGCUCGUGAAGCUCUUAAGAGAUUAGCUGCUGCAGGUUCUGUGAAAGGAGCUUUGCAAGGCCAUGAGAUAAGAGGGCUCUCACUGCGCCUUGCAAAUCAUGGAGAGUUGACACGUCUCAGUAAUUUGGUGAACAAUUUGAUCUCAGUUGGUUCAGGAAGAGAAGCUGCUUUUGCAGCUGCCCUCUUGGGAGAUAACAUACUCAUGGAGAAGGCUUGGCAGGAGACGGGAAUGCUCGCUGAGGCUGUUCUCCAUGCUCACGCUCAUGGUCGACCAACAUUGAGAAGCUUGGUUCAAGCCUGGAAUAAAACACUGCAAAAAGAGCUGGAGCACACCCCAUCCACCAAAAUGGAUGCAGCAGCUGCAUUUUUGGCUUCUCUCGAGGAAUCAAAGAUCACAAGCCUGCAGGAUGCAGCCAAGAAGCCACCAAUUGAAAUUCUGCCACCUGGAAUGGCGACUUUGUAUGGUCCUAAUCCUGGCCAGUCUGGUCAGAAAAAGCCAGGUCUUACCCUUCCAAGUUCGCAGCAGCAACCUAGCAAACCUUUGCUAUUAGAAGCGCCUGCAGCCACACCCAUAACCACUUCUUCAGAGUCCAAUGGUCUGCCCUCAACUGAAUCAGGUUCUUCACAGAACUCUACGGGGGCUCCUGCUGCUCCACCUACGUCUGAAUCUGCUAGUACGACUUCAGAGUCAAUUGCUCCUCCACAAUUGGAGCCAGAUUCUUCUGCCCCACCAGUCACUGAAUCGAGCGACCAUGGCCCUCCAUCAGAUCAUAAUAAUGUGGAACACCAGGAGCAGCCAGCAUCAGUACAGAGUGUUGCAGAGUCUAAUGGUACCGAGGUAAGUGCCCCGAUAGCAUCUGAGACUACUGCAGUUACCCCGGAUGAGGGUCAUCAACAAGCAAGUGACCAAGGAACAAGAGUACGCCCUGAACUCUCAAUGAUUGACUUCACUUGACAAGGAUACUAUUCGAUAUCAACAGACUGAGUAUGAGUCAGUGGCAUUCAAAGUAUCAGGCGUUAGAAGCAUUGCAGACACGUGCUUGAGGACGUCGUGUGUAAGCUGCAGUGUAAUUUAGACUUCUUUGUGUAUUGCUUAGCCAAAGAGAGAUGUUUCUUCUCCUCAACUAAGAUGAUUUAUUGUGCAGCAGUUGUGAUAUAGUUUGUGUAUCAGCAGUUGUGAUAUACUAGUUUGUAUCAUGUUUGAUUAUAUUUUUUCAUCCCACUUCGAGGUUGGUUUUUUGAA